UUCUAAAAUUUUUCCCUUGAUAACAAUGAAAUUGUAAUUGAAUAAAAAUAGUGUGCAAAAACAAAACAAAACACUAUUAAUUCCUGGCGAAAACGACAAGUGAUUGAAAGAAAAAUGGCCGGUAACUUUGGUUUACUUUAUCCAAUAGUGCGUCUUGUGGUUGGCAUUCUUAUCGUAGUAAUGUUAAUCUUGCGGAUAAUGUUUUUAUUGGAUCAUUUUAGUACGUUGGUAGUAUCGGAAAUCGUAUGGCUAAUAUUUGCAUUCGUUACACUGAUGAUCGGUCUGAUUGGUGUUUGGAAAGAACAUUUUCUAUUUACAAUAUUAUUCAUAUUGAUACACUUGGUGUUGUAUCUGAUUGGAUAUUCCUAUGCAUUCUACUAUGAUAAUUUUAUGAUUGGAACAAUGAUACUAUCCGCUAUAUUUGCCUAUAUGCUACAUGCUAGCGGCCAUCAAGAGAUGAAUAUGCCAAAAUGUUAACAACAUAAUUCAAUCGAAACAUUUCGAACAUUAUAAUUGCAUUUCGUUCAAUAUUGUUGUUUGCCCCCUAAAAUAAAAUACGUUCAUUUU